AUGGCGGACCUGAGCGGCGGCUCGGAGCCGCUGCCCGUGGCUCUGCGGCAGCCCGGAGAGGCCCCGCCGGCCUUCCAGUAUAGCCCAGACAGCGUGGCUGGAGCAGACGGAGACGUUGACCCCACUGAAAUCACCUUCCCAGGGUGUGCUUGUCUCGCCAGCUCCUGCGUGGCUCCCGUGUGCUCCUGUCUUCGCCGGGGGGGAAGUUACAGCAGUUUGUGCCUCAGGCCUGCAGAGGAAGAGGAAGGGUAUGCCCAGCCUGUUUUUGAAUGCAAUGCCAUGUGCCAGUGUGGUGAAUCCUGUCAAAACAGGGUUGUUCAGAGGGGUCUGCAAUUCAGACUCGAGGUAUUCAAGACUGAGAAGAAAGGAUGGGGUGUCCGCACUCUGCAAUUCAUAGCUAAAGGAAGAUUUGUUUGUGAAUAUGCUGGUGAAGUUUUAGGCUUCAAUGAGGCACGCAGGAGGAUUCAGGCCCAGACCUCGAAGGAUUCAAACUACAUUAUAGCGGUGAGGGAGCACCUCCACAGCGGCCGGGUGAUGGAGACGUUUGUUGACCCCACACACAUUGGUAACGUCGGCAGGUUCCUGAAUCAUUCCUGUGAACCAAAUUUAGUCAUGGUGCCAGUCCGAGUUGACUCAAUGGUGCCUAAACUGGCACUUUUUGCAGCCACCGAUAUCUCUGCUGGAGAGGAACUUUCAUAUGAUUAUUCUGGGAGAUUCCGUAAUUUUCCAACACCUAAGAGAGAACAGAAACCUUCAGAGGACGAGAACAGAUGGAGAAAACCUUGCUACUGCGGCGCCCCCACAUGUGCUUCCUUCUUACCUUGGGACAGCUCCCUCUUUUCCACACCAGGUGCUUGUUCAGGCAGCUCUCCGUAGCUUUCCCGUCCCUAAGCACACCUACAAACCAGCAUUUUCCUUGGUGGUUAAAUGGCAGUUAGGUAAAACCCCGCUUGUGUGUCCCACCAAGGAAGUGUGUGUGGCUUUGAGUAACAGCUAGAAUACCUUCAUGCGAUAUCCUUGGGACAUCUGGAGGUGGAUGGCAUGAAGGAGCACUGGAACUUCGAGAUGUUCCCAAAUCAGCUGGGGAUCCAGGCUUGGUGCUUUCUCAUUGCUUCAUUCUGACAGCUUGCUGUAUGUUAAAGCACCUCUUUCAUAAAAACUGUAGCACUGGUACACAGAAAGGAUACGUGAUAACAAUGAGAAGCGUCACUGGCGGUUACACAGGAGGAUGAGAGCAAGGAAUGCUGGUGUUUGCAAGA